AUGUUGGACGAGGUAGCAAGUUACAAUGGAGAAACGGAUAUAUUGAAAAUAAUCCAAGUUCUCCGAGAAAAUCCCUCAAUUCAGUUUUUCUAUCUGACUCAUGCACUACCCAAACGUUCGACCAAAUAUCACUACUAUAAUCUCAAAGUUGCGCAAUUCGAUCAUCUCAAUCGGGACAAUUACUACACACUGAGCUUGCACGGAUGUACGCAUAUGGUCACCAACGAUGAAAUCGAACACAUUUCUCUAGAACGUUUCGAGGUCGAGUACAAGACAUUUACGGAAAUAUGCAAGAUUCCCACAUUUGCUCGUUUCCGGUUGUGGAAAGGAUUUAUGCGUUGGCGUAAAGUGAUCAGAUAUACUAAGAUGGAACAAUGCCGGCGCUAUCUACGGGACAAUUUGUACAUCGCGAACUCCUCUCUUCGACCGGCAUUGCUCAAUGUGCGUGAAAUGUGCUAUCGGAUCAGUGAUAUGGGUCUGUGUAAAAUGGAGAAGGGUAAAACGUACACUCUGUUGGAAUUUCUCACCAAUCAGGUGAAUCAGUUGAACGAGGUGUGCACACGGUUGUGUGAAUUUCGUGAACUGGUGAAAGAGGUGGUUCGCAGUGCAUGUCGGACUGCUUUGCUCGAGGCCGGUUUCAUGCCAGACGAUUAUUUUGUCGAGUCCAAUGCCAGCCCAAUGUGUAUGGAACGCAAUUUGUAUGACAUUGAGGAAUUGGUGGAAGGAUGCCGUCUAAGUGCGAAACGUUUACAACUUGAACCGAUUCCCUACGGUCUGGAUCAUCCCCUGGUCGGUCAGGCAAUGAAAGUGGUCAAUUUGGCCUUGUUGCAAAUAAAAAAUAAUAGGGCCAAACUGGAACGAAGAACGGAGAAGAUGAAAAAUCGUAAAUAGUCUCAAAAUAUCGGCACAAGCUAUUUAUCCUCGAAUUAUGAUAUGGAUAUUUAUUCGGAAGCUCCGGACAAAAUGACCUUCACAGAGAUGGCCGCAAAACGGAAGCACUGUCAGCGUCUAACCUGUUUCAUUCGAUUGGCCGACUAUCAAAUUGUGAGUACGCUGCACACAUUGACGGUUAAUUCAGUUUAUACCCUGUUGGAUUGUCUACGUGAUCAUCUACGACACACACCACCGGCGGCCGAGAUUCUGAAUUAUCAAAUCCGGGUGGAGGAACUGACCGAAGCCCCGAAUGGUCAACCGAAUAUACGACGUCCAGAAGCUUUUCGUGUCAGUCGUGAAGGAAGCAUGUUCAAAGCUACUGCGACUGGCCAUCGGCAUUCGCUUGUUGAGGCAGAACAAGCGGUACAGCAAACACCGUUGUUUGUCUUGGAAUUUAUCCUGGAACCCAAUCGACUGUACAUGGUUCCAGAUGAACCCCUGUUUCGAGAUGGCAUUCUGGAAGUGAUCAAUAAAUUUCAGGAACAAGUGUUCAAUAUCAAAAACCUCGUUCCGGAUCCGUAUUUCGAUGCAUUCACGCGCCCUAUCAUUAAUAACAAAUUUGAGGAAAAAACCUGUGGAGUUGGGCCACAGUUGCAACACAUGUUUGCUGAAGAUACCGGACUAAAAGAGAUUAUCGAGAGCGUGAAAUUGUCCUUGACGAGAGCGUUCGAAUCUGUUUCGGCCUAUUUAAACACAUUUCAAGAAAUUCACGAUUUCUAUCAUGACAAUGGCGAAAUCACAGUGGAAGUGAUCAAGCAGGCACAACAGUACUUGAAAUUCUAUCGAGAUGCCUUGCUCAAGCAUCACCGACAAGUGAUAAUGACUCAAUUAGUGCCCAAUCAACGACCAAUAGGAAUGUUUCUCGUGGACACGUCUACCAUGCGCAAUCAUUUGUUACCGUCACCUAAUCGAUGCUUGGAACUGUUACACAGUAUCCUCCCCGUGGACGCCCGGGUCGAAGUGGAUCGAAUUGUACAAGAAACCCAGGAAGCAGAGUAUACUUUAUCACUUACUCCGGGUUCGACGGUGGACUAUGUAAAACAUCUGGAGUUCCUGGUCCAUAUACAGACACGAACCAUGGUACCGUCGAUUGAACGAGCGAAAAAUUCCAUUGACAAAUCAUUGGCUGAGCGAGAUGUUUGUGUGGACAUGUUCUUUGGCUCACUAGAUCGUGACAUCCGUGAGUUGUUGCACGAUAUGAAGGAGGCGAAACAAGCUAUCAAUAACCCGGUUCUUUUAGACGCCACAGCCGAUCGUGAAACUGUGCGCAAAGAAUUGAACCGAGUAAAAGAAUCCAUUGAAGAUCUACAAAACCGCGCCAACACCUACCGAAAUUAUCAUAAAACUUUCAAAGUGAGUUUAUUCAUCCAAAUCCGAAUGUCGGCUUAUAUACCUGCUGACAAUAUGGAAUUUAUAGUGCUUUCUCCUUCGUCACUCCCUUGCACUCGAUUCAAAAUAUAA